CAACGCGUAUCCCUAGAAGUUGAGAAUAAACGUGUAUCUACAGUAGGAGAGGCAGAAAAUAGAAAAUGCAGCUGCUGCCGUUGCUUGGGACUUUUGCACUGUUUCUAGGGGUUACAGUUGCUGUGCCCGCACAGGAAAAGCGUGUGCAUCACCAGCCUGACCUGAGUGACCACGUCCAUGACGACGCCCAGGGUUACCAGUACGACCACGAGGCCUUCCUGGGCAAAGAGGAAGCCAAGACCUUCGACCAGCUGACCCCGGAGGAAAGCAAAGAAAGACUGGCGAAGAUCGUGGACCGUAUCGACACGGAUAAGGACGGCUACGUUAGCCACGCUGAGCUGCGCCACUGGAUCAAACACAGACAGAGGAAGUACAUCGAGGAGAACGUAGACAAGCACUGGAAAGACUACGACCAGAACAAGGAUGGGAAGAUCGCCUGGGCCGAGUACAAGAACACCACCUACGGGUCACAUUUGGACGAUGAAUCUAGCGAUCUGGAGGACAGAGAAACGUACAAGGCCAUGCUGAGAAGGGACGAGAGAAGGUUCAAGGUAGCGGACCGCGACGGUGACGGAAUCGCCACCAGAGAUGAGUUUACAGCCUUCCUCCAUCCCGAGGAAUACGAUUACAUGAAAGAUCUCGUUGUGCAGGAAACGAUAGAAGACAUUGACAAGAACGAUGACGGAAAGAUCAACCUGGAGGAAUACAUAGGUGACAUGUUCUCACCUGAGGAGGGAGAGCACGAACCAGACUGGGUCAAGACGGAGAAGAAGCAUUUUACAGAGUUCAGAGACGUAAAUAAGGACGGUUUCCUUGACGCCAGCGAAGUUGCUCAGUGGAUCCUCCCGGGAGAAGUUGACCAUGCCGACAACGAAGCCAAACAUCUCAUACAUGAGACGGACACGGACAGGGAUGGUCUGCUCUCUCUCCCUGAGAUCAUGGACAGGCUGGACAUCCUGAAGGUCAGCACCAUUACAGACUUUGGAACCUUGGUAGAUCUUGAUCAUGAUGAACUCUGACCUUGUGACCCCUAAGAACCUGUAACCUCACAAUAAACCAUUGGACGCCAAUUUGGUCUUUGACUGCUGCCUUUUUGGAGCAGAAUUUUUCCCUAAAGUUGAUGUAAAUAAAUCAGACACGUGAAUCUG